AUGCCAAGCUUUCCAAAACCUAAAAACUUAUUCUUCCUACUGCCAUGGAUAGCAUUCAUCCCCUGGUAUGGUAUGCUAAUAGCCAUGUUAAUAUGUUGGGCAGCACAAGGUCAUCCAAUAUAUUGGUUCAUGCAUUCAGAACAAUUCCCCGUAUAUAUCUCAGACAUUGGUGCCACCAACUUACGUCCCUUAUUCAUCUCAUGUGUAGCAUGGGAAGGUCUAGGUUAUGCAUUAACCGUAUUCGCUGAAUUUUAUCAAAGAUCAGGUGGUAACUUGCUUAACCGUCCUAAUAAACGUACGAAAUUUUAUAUGCCACCUUGGUAUCAUAAAGAUGAAAGAAAUUUAAUCAUAGCUGCAUGUGUGUUGGGUGCCUUUGGUGAGAUUGCAUUGUUGAUGUGUACUAUCUUCUCCACAGCACUCUAUCAUCACGUUCAUUUAGCUAUGGUGGCUGUUUUCGUCGUGCUUAUGUUCUUCUCCGUAGUUUGUUUAUCUACUGAAUAUUUCCUUAUGGGUAGACAUUAUGCCCUUUUACAUCCAUUAGCGUCAAACACUGACGGAGUUCAUUUCGAAGACCUUAAAUGGUAUCAAUGGAAAGGUCAUUAUUGGAAUAAAUUCACAAUUAGUGGUCUAGCGAAGGCAUUAUGGUUGGCAUUUGCAGUGAUUUGGGCCAUUUGUUUCGGUGCCAUUAGUAAUGAUUCUAAGAGUGCUUGUUUUGAAUGGUUAUUAGCAUUUUGGUUCGGUGUAUUAUUCGUUAUCAUUUCAAUUGAUUUCUAUAUGGGGUCCAUUUAUCAAUCAUCUCGUUAUUUUAAUCAAAUUGAAUCGUUUGAUGGAUAUUAUAAAUAUGACGAAUUGUUUGCUAAUAACAUACAGGGCAAAUCAAACACAAAAAAUACAUCAAUAGAUAUUACACCUCAUGACCAUGAAGAAGAAGAUCUUUCAUCAGGACACUCUGUCGAUAAAGCUAGUACGAAUUCUGCAACUACUAAUGAUGGUAUUAGUCCGGUUUAA